AUGGACUCCCUAGAAGCUACAAGAAACAGGUUAAACCAGGUCCAUAUAUCACUCAGAAAGCUCUCUGACCAGAUAAACUACAAUAUAAGGUUCACAGGAAAGACGCGGUUGCCCACGUAUGGCCAGUUCCAAAGCCAAUUCCAUGUUCUUAUCACCCAGCUCCACUCGAUCACCAGCAUCCUAGAAAACAACCAGGACAUCUUGGACCACACCAACGCAUACCCGCUCCCAUUGUUUCCAACCUCCCAGCAUGAGGGGCUCGCCACCACGCUUUUGCGGAAGAAGCCGUUGCCAGAGGUGGAAAAAUGGAUAGAUGAAGCCAUUGAGCACAGCAAGUCUCUCAAUAUCAACAGUCAAGCUGACGAUGAAUUCUCCCAAUGGUGCUCGGCCAAGAUCCAAGAGAUCAAGGAGGACUUCCAAUUCUACGGGUUUUUGUCGACGGAGGAGCUCGAGUAUCUCGAGACUGAAGAAGGGAAAAAGGAGGCUCUGGCCAAAAAGGAAGCAGAGAGACAACGAGAAGAUGUGGAAAUGGGUGUCACCACUGGUAAGAAGGCACUACAUCCCAACCAGGUUUUGAAGUUUAUGUGCCAGGGGAAAAUCGAAUAG